AGGCAAACCAGCGAGGCCAGCUUACAGCAGCUCAUGUGCCACCUGGACAGCAACAGCGACAGCGAGGUGGAUUUCCAAGAGUACGUGACCUUCCUGGCCUGCAUGGCCAUGAUGUGCAACGACUUCUUCCAGGAUUGCCCUGACAAGAU